AUGUGUUCAUAUGACAUUCAGCGGACUCUAAUAAAGGCAACUGAAAGAGUUUCACAGGCAGAAGUUAUCUUCGCAGUUGAAAGAGAGUUAACUUGGAGUCUUACUGUACCAAGAUACUUUCUCUACGGUAUGUACAACAAUCCUUGAUCCGAUUUUGUUGAUAUCUGCGCUGCUUUUACCUCGUCCUUGAGCGACGGUAGGAGGCAGGAUUUAAGUUUAUAAAAAUGGCAAAGGAGUGGGCAAGGUUUCUUCUUUGCCUUUCACUCGUUUGCGCUGUAAUCAGUAUGGAAAUAUUUUCAUUUGUUGAAAGUAGAAGCUAUUUUCGUCUUUUUUGGAUCCAUGUAUCAGAAUCAGAGGCUGGGGGUCUCAAUGAGGCGAUGACUUUUACGGUUGACGGUAAAUAUUUUGGCCUAUUUACGCCCAACGAUUAAUUUCUGUAGUUAUUAAAAGAACACAUUUCUACGGUUAACUUUUUCUACGACUAACAAUUCAACUGUGUAAUUUUUUACGCCUAACAGCUAACACUAAUUGAGACCGUCAGCAUAUGCAAGAGAAUUCAAAAUUGAUUUUUGCCGAUUGCGUCUACAGUAUUCAUGUUUGGGUCAUCCUUAAUUGUUACAACCUGUAUCUGCACUGCAACAAGGUGGUAAAUGUGAUGAAUAUGCAGCUGGACUGGACCAAAGAUUUGUCUUUUUGUUUUUCGACGAGCUUAGUUUUCUCGCUUUGCUGGAAACCUUAAAAUCGCAAGGCAAAAAACAUUUAGGCGCGACCUGUGCGCAAUUGUGAUCGUUUACGUAAAAAUUUCUUUCUCGUUUCUUGAACCGCAGUUCACUUUUAUGAUUAUUGUACACUCACAGUAAAAGAAAGAAGGAAAUAAACGGAUUAAAUUUCGUGAACAACUUGCAGAUUUUCUUUGACACGCGCAGUCACGCGCGUUUGACAUCAAUUUCGAUUUGUUUCCUUACCUCACGCGACAUUCGGAGGACAUACACGACCAUCAAAAUAUGCAUAUUCAGCUGAUGGUCAUGGAGAAUGAACACUCAUGAUAAAGGCUCGUAAGGCCGGCCUUACCUUACGAGGGGCGGGCUGUUUCACCUCGGCAGGUAGGGUAACCAUGGCAGAUGGGACACUUUUUUCUUAUGUAAACACCUUGUCUCGCCCACCCGAGACGAGACAACUCGAACAGAAAAUGCGUGAGGACGCUAUGACCAGAGCCUGUGUGUUUUAGGUCAGCGGAGACCGUACGUGAAAGAAAAAUGGCGGCCUGAAGAGCCUGGCUUCUUCCAAUACGCGCGUGCCUUUCUUUGUACACUCCGUUUGGCUCGACAGACAAACUCGUUCUGUCUCAAUGUGGCUUGGGCUAUCAACAUUUCCUAUUUGGUUUUCAUUUCCAAAAGUAGCUCCAUGAAAAUAUUACAAGAUUAUAAACACCAUGUUUACAGCGAUUCUUUUUUUGUCGUGCGUCAAUUUGUCGAAAAUGUAACCUGGCCUGGCCCAAAGAGGGUAAGCAAAUGUCAAAUUUUCAUAUAAACGCUCCGUAAAGUUGUCUCGAGGGAAGGGUUGUCUCAGGUACCCGAGACCAUAUUAAUGGGGCCUAAAUCACUUCUGGUGCCCAAAGUCGGACAGUAAUGUCUGAAAUUGGACACUGGAGACUAAAAUUAAAAACUAGCGUCUGAAAUCAAUCACUAGAAAAAAAAAACCGGACACUUGUGUCUAAAAUCGACUUAUGGGAAUUAUACCUAUUAGCGUUUGUGCAGUAAAAUCCUUCACAAAAUUUUCCUGGUUAAAAUCCUGAGAUCUCUAACCUCGAAAUUCCAACGGUAGCUCUAGUUUUCCAAAGCCAUAUUUCAAAAUUUAAAUCUACAGAAUACCAUAUUAGCGCAGUCAAUUUAACAAAUCGUCAAUGGUUUAGUGUGGUCUGAACUCUUUGCGACAUUUUUUUUUUUGAUAUUCAUUAUCACAGUGGUCAAAAUGUCGUGGACUCAUGGGGUGCAGCCGAGUGAGUCUGCAAUACGUUUUGAGUACUGUGAUGACGUUAUAUCGUUGUCGAUAAGAGUACAGACUACCCUAAACCACUGUCGGUUUGUGUUUUACCACAAUAUCGACUAUUUUUGAGUCAUUCAUGUUUGAGAGCCGAUAAAGGCAUUGCGUGACAGGUGACAAGUUGACGCGAGUAGCGUUGUCUGUACUCUUAACGACAACCGAAAAUUGGCCAAUCAGACUGCAAUAUUAUUAAUCGGUGGUAAAUAUGUUUUUCUUCUUAAUGUUUCUGUUGCUUUGAAAAAAAAAUUAAAGAUGCUGCGGUGAGUGUGAACACUGCAAUAAACAAAAAAGAUCUGUUGUUGUUGACCUCAAGUAAAACCAAUUUGAGUGUCAGGAAGGAAAAAUUUUAUCCUAUAUGAAUUAUAUCAUUUUACCUCCCUGUAUUUAUUUGUUCAAAAUUAUGUCCAUUUCUUCACUUUCAGAAUUUAAAGAAUUUAGCAUGCAUAGGCACGAGGUGGUUAUUCUCAUUUCUUUAUUGUACCUGCUCGUUCUCGACGUCGAAGGCCUCUGUCCUCCAAACACACAAUGUUUUGGAAACGGUGACUACAAUGCAAAAGCACAGAGCUGUAAAUGCUACACUCGACGGAGAAUCGGAAGUUUCACGGGAGAGUGCUGUGAAAGUGUCGACUGCAAGCCUAAUGCGACUUGUGUACAUGGCUUCUGUGGAGCUGAUGGUUUGACUUGCAAGCGUUGCCUAACAGGGUGGACUGGACUCAACUGCGAGAAAGUAGACUCCUGUUUUCCUUGGUUUCAUUGUGUGCAUGGCUCCUGCAAAAAGUCCCGGAUGAAGUGUGAAUGUGAACCUGGCUGGGUGGGUGACCUGUGUGAUCGGUCCUUGUGUACAGUGAACUGUACCUAUGGUGCAUGCCCAAAUGAUCCCAAAAAAUGCGAGUGCUAUGAGAACUUUUAUAGCCCUGAAACAGGAUGUGACAGGUAUUGUUUAUUAGUAAUUGGUAAGCUUUGGAGACUAAUAAUGUUGGUUAAGCAAUAGAGAGCAAUAAAUUUCUGCUAAUGUAAUUUGUGCAUUUUGGGAAAAUUACACCAUUCAUUUGAAAUAAGGACAGCUUACUAUAAUUGACUUCAGGGACAGGGAUUAAGGAUGCCUCUAUGGCAGAAUCAUUUUUACAAACAAAAAGCUAAUUCAAACAAUUCAAGCAUGAUACAAUAACGGCCUAAUCACCAAAGCAGCAGUAGCUUUCUAUUCGGAGACUAAAUAAGUGUCAUUAAUAAACAUAUCUUCCAGAGAUACCUAGAGAACUAUCCUUCCCUUUCCGUCUAACACUUAAAAUAACCUGGCAGCACUGUGACAUUCAGGCCGACGCUUUGAUUCUCCCUUUCUGUUCCCUCAAUUUUUUCACCAUAGACAGCACAAGAUGAAACAAGCCCUUGUCAAGCCUGUGCGUUUUUUGUGUGUUUUAUAGGUCUUACUGUGCGAAGGACUGGGAAUGUAAAAAUGGCGGAUAUUGUGUUGACCUUCACCAUUGUGCUUGCCCGGCUCAUUAUACAGGUCAGACAAACGCCCAUAAUUACCAGCCGCUAUUAGAGAAUGCGAGCCCGCGCUUCUCCCCCCGAACCCUUCUCUUCUCGGAGAGGGGCGAGGAGCGGGCACGAGAGAGUGGCGGAAAUCGAGCCUAAUGAUUACCCCUAGCGAGGAAAUGCUCUUUUUUUGGAAAAAGUGUCUAUGAAAUUAACGCUUUCUAAAAUCAAUUCAGCUUUUUUUAUUUAUCAAGAACCAUCCCUUUGGUUCCAUAGAACUUUUCUGUAUUGUGGCUGAUCAUUCAUGACGAUGUUAAGUUUGGUUUGAAAACGGUUCCAUUUAAAUAUAAACAAAAUAUAAGUGCACCACUCUUCCUCUGAAUAACAACAAGAGCCUUAAUGUAUCAGUUUUUUUUUCAAAUGUCGCGUCAAAGCUUCAAAGAUUGGCUAUUCUGCACAAUGGGGCUCAUAGACACGACAUGAAUCUCAACAAACACUGAGGAAAUAGGCAGGAAAAAUCACAACUCCCUUAAAAGUGGAGUUUAUUUAAAACAAAACAAUUGGUUGAAAGAGACUGAAUCGAGCUGACACCAAAUGAUGUUGAUAUGAAAUGACAAACAGUAACAUUCUCACCAAGGAGAACUUGAACUAGGAGGGGGGAGAAUGGUAGACUGCACGAUGAACUGGUAUCGUAUCCAGGGUAUAGUAGUAAAUUCUUAAUCACUUUAGGGCUCUGAGACUGGGGUAAACUCUGACUGGAUUUAUCUUCUAACUUAUAGGCUAAAUACUCCUUAUUUUUCUUUUUCAUCCUCCUCUUUUUUUUUUGAUUUGAUUUUGUUAUUUGUCUUUUAUGUAUGCUAGGUAAUCACUGUGAGACCAUCAGUGGGUGUGGCGUCCCUUGCGAGAAUGGACACUGUUCCAAGAGUCCAUACGAGUGUGAAUGUGUGCCUGGCUGGGGACCUAAAGGAAAAUGUACAAAAUAUGUCGGAGCCUGUUCAAAUUGCAACUCUGAGGGAGGGACUUGCGAAGAUGGGCCUAACACGUGCAAGUGCAAACCAGGUUUGGGCUUCUGAGAUUUCCUUUUGUUUGUCACAUAAUAUUCUGCUUCACAGAAUUUAUUUAUCAGAGAGAUAAAAAAACGAGAGUCAUCGAGAAAACUUGUGUAUAGCCAUUGCAAAAGUAACGACCCUCCAAUCAAAUUGACCUUAAACGGCCGAUGAAAAUAAAAAAUAAAGAAAUUCCGUGGUUGGCUUUGAAAAGCUGCGACCGAAGAAAUGUUUCCUUUUUUAGUACAAAUCAAAAUUUCCUUUGUCUUUGAAAAAAGCUUUGCUCACAUUUCUUAAGCAUACUCGAGUAGUUUUGAUAGCGGCCUACCAGGCCAGUCAGAAUCAUAUUUACCUUAAACAGCUUGAAGAAAAUCAAAAAGAAAAUCAGUGGGUGACUUUAGAAAGCUGCGACCAAAGAACUAAUCAAUUUUUUUAUAAAAUGGCAGAUUCUACUUUGUCGCUGAAAAACUCUUGGCUCGCAUUUUAAAAGUAUACUCAAGUAAGGCAGGGCAGCGCACAAAGAUAGGCGAGAGAGUUAAAUUAAUUUAAGGGGUAACGAUGUGCAAAGAAAAAAAAUUCUCCCUCGACCCCGUUGACUGCACUUCACGCUACAGUGAAAUUCUUCCCCUUUUUUUUUUCUUUGUUGGUCGGCUUCGCUGACCGAGACAAUGUAAAUGUUUCCACAUUUGCGACAAUUUUAAGAACUAAAAUGGCCCUCAAGUGGCACAUUAUUAGUUACAUGUAAAACCAAAAAGUAAUUUAGGGCUGCUAUAAAUCUCGAAUUAACCCCUUAACUCUUAAGAUCUCAUUGGUAAUUCUCGUUAUUGUCUGCCAUAUAGUUCUUGUGAUGAUAGUUUGGAGAAUUUGGUAUUGGAUCAACUAAUAAUUCCUUAACUAGUAUUUCUCUUUAUUCUCAUAAUUUUUAUACUUGAUAUUGUAUUGAUAUUAUAAAGAUAAAUUCUGUUAUGGUCACUCAUAGGAGUGAAAGGGUUAACUCAUGUUUCGGCUUUUUUUUUUCGUAAGGAUAUACCGGUCUUGAAUGCGCACAAAAGAAUUGUGAUGGCUGCGAGAAUGGCUCAUGCGACUUCGGCCUUUUGGGUUUAAAGAAAUGUCGCUGUGACGAGGGUUGGGCCAAUGAGAUCCAUGUACCUGGCUUUCAUUUUUUUUUUGGACCAUGCACAAAAGUGAAAUUAUGCUUACAACCAUGUGUGCAUGGCUCAUGUCCAAAUGAUCCAUACGAGUGUGAAUGCGAUGGUGUUUAUACUGGCAAAGAAUGCGACAGGAUACAAUGUCCAGUGUGUUGUCCUCCUCUGACUUGUGACUGCUCCAAGCCAAAAAGACCAAAGUGUCUUCCAAGCUGGCACCAUGACUGUUGCUUGGUAAAGUCCUGCUUUACAGGGGACACCUUGGUCCACACCGCUAAUGGAAUGGUGCCCAUAGAAAAAAUCGAAGAGGGAGACUUAGUAAUAGUUCGUCAUGAAGACGAUGCUCCUGCCAUUAGCUACUUGCGUCGCGUUGACCAAGUUCGGAAGAGGCUGUUUCCUGCACGAGAUCUCAUCAUGUUCCAAACAGAGGACGAGGUUAUAAAGGUCACCCCUGACCACCAUUUCUUCGAGAGCCCAUCGAACUCGUGGAUGAGUGCCAAGAAGAUAAAAACGUCACAUCUGCUUCAGGCCUUGGACGGAAAAAUGGUAAAAAUUCAGAAGCACCUAACGGCGUCGGCAUCAGCUGACGAAAACGAACUUGUGGCCGUGUUCGAUCUUUCGGUGAAUGAGUACGAUCGAUAUUCCGUCGGAAAAAAAGGAAUUCUUACGGCUUCGUGUAACAGCACGGAUGAUCUCAAGACUCGAGACAAACAAUUGUGGGGUAAUUCAAUGAUCCGACUCCUUCAUAAUAUCGACGCUAAGGAGGUGAGAAUUCAGAACUUUUUACUACUAGAUCACGAGUUUUCCAUCGUGAAAAAUUUUUAAGUAGUUCAUUUCGUUUGGCUGUAUUCUAAUCCCUGUAUCUAUUGAAGGUGUUGCGUGGCUGAUUGUUGUUAGUCCCCGGUGGUCCCUGUGGUCACUGGUAGUCCCUGUGGUCACUGGUAGUCCCCGUUAGUCGCCGUUGAUCCCAGACAGUACCUGGUGGUCUAGGGUUGAAGUCCACCUUCUUGCCUCUCUCCCGAUUUGUUAUCAGUUGCCCUGAUCGCAGCCUCUCGGCUGGGUUUACACCCAAUUUAUGUUUAUUUGGAAACAUUUAUUUCAUUCUUUGCUUACAAUGGCCCUGGAAAGCCUCAUCGGGAGAGUAGUUAUUUCAGAGAUUAUCAUUGUUAAAGUAUUACCAUUAAUCUUGUCUUUCGUCUCUCGCAAACUUCCAUAAUUUUGUUGUUUUGUUUGGCAGAGUCGAAAUAUUGUCAGUUAUUUCUAUUAACAUGAACAACGCCUUCGUGAAUGGGAAGAACCUCUGAUUUCUCUCUCUAUUUUUUCCCUCUGUUUAUUUGUUAAUCAUCAACUAGAAGGUGUAAGAUGAUUAACAAAAUUAAUUUCCUUCAUAAUGCAAAUCGGAGGGGGGGGGGAGAGGAAUAGUAGAGGAGGGGAAGGGGGCUACGUUUACUGAUGCCAAAAUUUUCGCCGUCCCUUCCCAUCCCCCCUGAAUUUCUCAUUGUCUUGCUGAUCAUGUGUCCAUGUCUCUUUUUUUUUUCUUUACCAGAUCAUUCCACCGGUGGAAAAAGAUCCAGCAGGCUUCCCAAUCUAUGUGUUUGUCAUAAUUGCCGUUGUCCUUGGCGCCAUAUUGUUGAUCAUUGUAUUAGUGCGAAGGAAGAAACGCCAGAGGAAGUAUGACUUACAGAGAGAGUCACUGAUCGCUGCAAGUGCGCAUGCACAGUAGGCCAUUUCUGAGCUGCAAAACCCCUCACUUUCAAAACGAGGCCAGUUACAGUAUUAUCAACUGAGUUGAUAACGUAAAUUAGCUACCGUUAAGAGUUUCAAAGCGGACGUUUCGAGCGUAAGCCCUUCUAUCAUUCGCUCAGACGAAGUGCUAACGCUCGAAACGUCAGCCUUGAAACUCUUUAUAGUGGCCAAUUUACAUUAUCGACUCAGUUGAUAAUACUGAAUAAUUUCUCAACUACGCCCCCUGACACAAAUAAAAAACGAAUUACUUUUUGGCACAGAGAAAUUGUAUUGAGAAUACGAACAAACAGAAAACGACAGCCAUAUGAAAUGCCUGAUAAACACCUCUGCCACCCUAUGACAUCAUGCAAAAUCAUCCAAGGUGGGAGGGUGGGUGGGUGGGUGGGAAGAAAAACGGAUUAGUACAAUGCAAAACCUCUAGUGUGCGCUCGAGGUGAAAACUGACGCGAAAUGAAACACGAAACUCCAAGAGCCUGAAACUUUGCCAAAUAAUAACAAUGGUUUUCCAAUAAAAAAUUUUGCAUUUGACUCUGGUCAGUGAGAGCAGUAGCAUUUGGAUCUUAAAGGCAGCUGAUUCUGUCUACUCUUUCAAACAUCGAAUUAUUAUGAGAUUCCCAGUAAGUUUCAUUUAGAAACCUGUGUCACUCACAAAAUAUUUUCGUUUAAUCAUUUUCGUCAUCUUGUUUGUAUCAUGAAGUGGAGCGCGAUACUAUGUUGAGUCACGCAACACCCAAAAAAUUUAGUGUUGUUCUUCCAUUUUUUAUUUGUAGUGAAUAACAUAAAGAUGGGUGCCUUGUUGAAUAAAAUAUUUUUUUGGGACUAUAUGGUUUUCAGGUUUGCUGUUAAUUGCAUAGAACCUUUAAUCGAAACCAAUCGUAUUCCGAUCUGUCAUGAGGUCAAUUGUGCUCCGUUCAGCAGUUAGUCGAAGGUUCAAAUCGUUUUUUUUUUUGUUUUGUUUCUUAUUUUGUUCGUGACGUGUUUUGCAAAAUAAGCACAUUGUCCAUCGACUUUUUGAGCACUUUUCUAUCAUGGGAGGAACAAUUUUCAUAUUGAUGAAAAUUAUCAUUUAAACCUUAAAAUUCUAAAGAAGUUUGUAUUUACUCCUGAAUGUCACGAGAUAUUGUAUUUGCUGUAAUUGUAGAAAAAUGAACAAAAAAGCGGAAGUGACGUGGGGGGCUUCCCCUGAUUAGUUAUUCUCAGAAAGUAUCAAGGUCGUUUUUGAUUCAUUUAUUAAUCGAGAUUACAUUCGCCUCAAAAGAUUGUGACUACAGAAACUUCAGUUUCAAGAUAACAAAAAGGAUAAAAAUUCAGAUCUGUUUUUCAGUGGUUAUGCAUUUGUGUCGAGAUGACCGGUAUUAUUAGGACAAAAAUCUUUAUUAUGCAAACUUGUGAUCGUCAACAAUCAAUGUCUUUUCGGUAUCAUGACGCUGAGGGUAAUCCCCUGAUGAGUUUGAAGACAAUGACCUUUUAUCAAAGCUAUUGCCAGAAACGAUAUAUUUGGCGGGGAACUCAAUGUGGCAUUGAAGUAUCUUAAAAGUAUUUACAAAUUUCUUGAUAACAAGAGUGAUAUCAAUGGAUUCUAGAGAGCUUCAUGGUAGGUAUUUCAAAAGUUGCGAAACCCAUGUCCAAAUACAGGAUGACAUCGAAAUGUUUCUGCAAAUUAAGCAGAAAGUAAAAGGGACGUCCCCCAGAAGGCCGAGUUAAUUUCUAAACAGCUAUUGGCUUAUUUCCCUCUUAUGAUUAUCAUGUGACUUAGAACUCGCACUAUUAUAAAAACGAAAACACGCAUUUCAUUUGCAUUUUAUUUGAUUGUCACAGUUUCCUGUGCUGCGCAAAGUGCUAAAGAAGUCAGUGUGAAUCUUCAGUCCACGGUGAGUUUGUUAGCCUCCUUAACAUUUAUAACAUAGUACGGAACUAUAAUUUUGGCUAAAUGUUUCUUCUUUGCUGCCAUAUUUGUUUAGAGUUGAACCGAAAACGUUGCGUUCUCAGUUUGCCACUGCAUGUAUCUGACGACAUGCUCCCAUUCUGUGGUCCGAUCUUCAGUUUGAUUUGUUCACACUCAGGCGGGACCAAAAAUCACUUAACCGAUUGGAGAUUAAGCAAGUAAUUUGCCUUUUCCGACACUAUUUUAACAAAGUGGACGCUUCUAGCUAGAAGCGCAUGCAAGCUAUUACAGCGGAAGUGAUCUGACAAGGAAAUUACUUCAUUUUCCGAGUUCUAAAUAGACGUUUCACUCUUCUUGAAUUAUUUUCACACAGUCUCAAGGCCAGUGACUUUUGGUAUUGCAAAUUUAGUCUUCUUCUAUAAUAAGCCGGACAGAACUGAGCCAAAAAUGUGAAAUUUACUUCUUGGGAAUUAAAAGGGAAAGCAGUUUUACAAGUCAAGUAGGUCAUCAUCAAAAGUUGAAUUCUGAGAAAGAAAGUCUUUUUGGUGUGCGUUACAACAUGCAUUAAAGAGGUCACACGUUGAAACAAAUCAUUUUUAUAAUUAUCCGUUAAGAAUCAGUGCUCAAGCUCAUAAUUUUCAUCUAUUUCUACGAAGUUUCCGGCCAAUUGUUUUCUAAAUUAAAACCGAAACAAGCAUAGUUUGAUACAACGCUUAGGCGCGCCUCUUGUCAUUUCGCCGAGUGACGGAAGUUCUUUAUUGUUCUUGAUUAAAUGUAAUAGCGUAAAUAGCGACGCCGCGUUACAACACGAUGUUUUGAUGGCAAUCUGUUGAUCAUGUUUUCCUCUGUUUCUACGAAUUUUCCGGUCAUACGUUUUUUAAAAUUGAAACCGACCGAAACAACUAAAGACUUAAUUUUUAGCUAGCAUUGAGAUCCUGUUCCGAAGAUUUAGCUUUGGAUCGAGUCUAUAAAAUACAAACAAUUGUCAAUCUUUGUUUAGCCCAUAGAAUUUCACGGAGCUGCAAUGCUGAAGUACGCAUGCCCUAUCAUUGUUCUGCUGGUGCUUGUUAUAAAAGAAGUUGAAAGUGCCUGUCCUCCAGAAACACAGUGUUUUGGAAAUGGGGACUACAACCCGGCAACUCAGAGUUGUCACUGUUACCCAAGAAGGCGGGUAGGGCAAUAUACAGGAGAAUGCUGCGAAAGUGUCGGCUGUAAGCCAAAUGCAACUUGUAAACACGGAUAUUGCGGGGCUGAUGGCCUAACAUGUUCCCGUUGCCUCACGGGAUGGAAUGGAACCAACUGCGAAAAAGUGGAGUCAUGUUUCCCUUGGUUUUCCUGCAAGCAUGGCUCUUGUAUCAAGUCCCGGAUGAAGUGUGAAUGUGAACCUGGCUGGGUGGGUGACCUGUGCGAUCGCUCGUUGUGUUCAGUGAACUGUACUUAUGGCGCAUGCCCAAAUGAUCCCAAAAAGUGCGAAUGCUAUGAGAACUUCCUGAGCCCCGAAACAGGAUGUGACAGGUAACAGAAGGACUUUUUGUGCUUCCACGCCGUGGCUAUAACGUGUUUUAAUGGUGACUGAAACAAAAAAUGACUUGAUAAUCAAGAGGUUAUUCUCUCUUAAUUGGUAGAUCUUACUGUGCACAAGGAUGGGAGUGCCAAAAUGGAGGCUACUGUAUCGACCUUAAUCACUGCGUCUGCCCACCACACUAUUCAGGUGGGAAAAACAAUUUCUUGACAUAAACAUAAACGCUCACGUGCAAGAUUUGUCCUUGUCUUGUAAAAUCCAUGCUCAUAACAGUGUUUCCAAUGCCAGCGGCCCACUCAACUUGAACAAUGUUGAAAACAAAUGAAGCUGUUCAGAGGGUUUCCUUCGAUUCCAGUCAAUACUGCAUUGCUAACAACUGGUUAUUUUGAACCUCUUGUACAAUCUAAGGAUUUAUUCGAGGAUCUUAUAUAAGAGAAGAAACAAAAAGAUUCAUUAUUAAGCGUUGGGCGGUUUGUCGCAAUGAGCGUGAUUAUCGUAAUCAAGAUAAAAUGGCUGUGUGGUUAACCCCCAGUUGUACUGUGAAAGUGAAAAAAAAAAACAUGUAGAACACUAAAAAACUCUCUCUCUGUGAUUUUUACACUGGUGGAAACCUCUAAGAGUAACUAGUAUGGAAUAUCGGUCAACGUUAGAGUCAUGGGAGUAUGAUGAAAAUAAAGGAAGUGAUCCCAAAGAAAAUUAACCUUAACAAUAACAAGGCAAAUGUAUAUAACUAUGUUACGGUGUUACAGGUUACAGAGAGUAUUACUGUACUACCCAGGAACGUUGACAGAGUUUUUCAGAAGGGAAAACGUGUUAUCCUAAGCAUUUGAAGCCAUGUUAAAUUGUUUUCUUAAAAUAAACCAAUAUUUACUUUGGGGGUUCCUUUACACUUGCAACCUCUGUAGCUUCAUGCUUGCUUCCUUUCAUUUUUUCUCUUUCAUAAUCAGGUCUGCACUGUGAAACGAUCAGCGAGUGUAGCGUAACUUGUCCACACGGAAGGUGUACCCAUCGUCCUGACGUCUGCGAAUGUGAGACUAACUGGGGACCAGAAGGACAGUGUACCACGUACACAGGACUUUGUGUUAACUGCAGCUCCGUUGGAGGAACAUGUGAGGAGGGCCCUAACACGUGCAAGUGCAAACCAGGUUUGAACCUUUGCAACUUUAAUUGCCUUGCGUUUUUUUUCCUCUUUCCUUAUCUCCUGAGAACUCAAAUUUUAACUUCUUUCCUCCCUACACUAUUUAAUUGCGAAGGCAAAAGAAAAUGAAACAUGGUAAAAUAUGACUAAGAGGAAAAUUUCUUGAUCUUUAAGAAAGACACAAGUUUUUUUGAAAAAUUCAAUGAUGGAAAAUGAAACCAAGGUAGGAAAGGGCUCAGUGAGUUUCGAUGGUGAGAAUGAAAGAGUUAUUCCAAAGAAAUUGAAAAAGUGACUACAAUUAGGCAAUCACACCGUUUCACAUUUGUGGUCUGAUUUUUUCCAGGAUAUAUGGGUCCACAAUGUGCUGACCUGAUGUGCGACGGCUGCGAACACGGAUCAUGUAAACAUACAAAGACGGGGAAGCAGUGCACCUGCGACCUUGGUUGGAGCAACCAAGUGCAUGUCCCUGGCUUUGAUCUUCACUAUGGACCCUGCACCAUCAUUACCUAUUGCACUGAACCUUGUGUGCACGGCACGUGUCCAAAUGAUCCCUACAAAUGCGAAUGCAACUCUCCUUAUGUGGGUACAGAAUGCGAUGUUAUUAAGUGCCCAAAGUGUUGUCCACCACAAACGUGUGACUGCUCUGAUCUCACCAACAUACAUUGCCUCCCAAGAUGGCAUCAUGACUGCUGCCUGCUCAAGUCAUGUUUCAGGGGAGACACCUUGGUACACACAGCCAAUGGAUUGGUACCAAUCGAAGAAAUAAAGGAAGGAGACAUGGUAAUGACCCGUCACGAGGGCGAUGACCCUUCGGUGACACACCUGCGUCGUGUCGACCAAGUUCGGAAGCGACUCGUACCUGCACGAGACCUAGUCGUGUUCCGAAUGAACGGCGAAGACAUUUGGGUCACUCCCGACCACCAGUUCUUCGAAGUCGGAAAAAGAUCGUGGAUAAGUGCCGGGAUGGUGAAGAAGACACAUUCGCUUCACGCCCUGAAGGGAAAAGCGGUGAAACUUCAGCACCCCGCCGUGACGCCAGUGGAACUCUAUGGAACAUACGACGACACUGAGCUUGUACCUGUCUAUGAUCUAUCUGUGGAUGAGUACGAUCGAUAUUCUGUCGGAAAGGAAGGGCUUCUUGCCGCCUCGUGUAACCACUCGGACGAUAUGUUAAACCGAGACAAACAGGUCUGGGGUGAAGCAGCGCAUCCAAAAUUCCUCAACAGCAUCAAAGAGGAGGGAAAGGUGAGGAAAAAUUCGGUAAAAUGAACACGAUAUUUUUACCCUUUGACUGAAACUUUAACUUAUACAUUCUCUUUCCAGAGUUUCGACAUUUUUCAUUUUUCGUUAUGAUUUAAAAAUUCUUCUGUUAAUAGUAAAAAUGGAAUGCAAUGUUAAAUUUCAGUAUUACGCAGCUUGAAAAAAACAUAAGAAAAACAAAACAAAACAAAACAAAAACAAACAAACAAACAAACAAACAAACCAUUUUGAACUUGGAACUGGUAUAAUCUCCACUUUUCAUGAUGAUUGGUGAAGAGAAUUAAGGGAUAAAAUUUUCCCUUACCAUGCACAGGUUCGAAUCAUUUUACAGACCUCUUAUAACAAGGGAAGACUACUCUGUGUCAAUUGUUGUUGUUCUUUUCUUUUCACAAGGAAUCUGUCACUUUGGACGGUUCAGACGAAGAAAACUUUGAACCAGACAACUCUGGCUCUGACCUCUCAACUCUGUCAGCCAUCGUUGGUGUCCUUGCCGCCAUAUGCUUGUUGCUUAUUAUCGUUGCCAUUGCAACGAUCUACAGUAAGAAGAAACAACGUGGCAACAAGUUUGAGUGCCUGGUAACUCGCACAUAAACUUAUCGCAUGCAUAUUAGAUAAGUCAUGGACUAAGGCGAUUAGGAAAAGAAUCCUUGAAAAGGCCACCCCUUUGACUUGGAAGCUGAAACAUGACUAAGAUUUAGCACUGACUUUUUGGAUAUCUGUAUCGAAAGAAAAGGAGGACGCAACCUCUCAGAAGUAAGGGUAAAGACUUGAACUAGUCCUUAAUUUAAUUGUUUUUGGCGCUGAUCCGUCUUUUCACCUUUGUCAAAGUAUACUUCGCACAAAGUCUAGGACGUAUUAUAUCGCUAAUUUCAGAAGUGUUUAUUUUUUUCAGUUUUAAAAAUGAGGUAGAUUUAAGCUAAGCGACCAGAUUUGUUCAUGACAUUGUAUCAAUUUUAGUAUUUCGCGGUUUGUACUUAGCACUAUAGAUUAAACAGUAAACAAUAAAAUGUGUAGUAAAAUUACACGAGGUUGUUUCAAAAGACUGUAAGACAAAAUGGAGUUCGUAUGUGUAAGUGACAUGAUCGUCAUUACCAUCUGGUUUCAGAAACAAACAAAACAUAUCAUCCAAUCACAACUCUGACACAUGACUCUUUGAACAUCCUCAAAUAGCCAUCGUUUUCCCGUAGAACACAACUCGAUUAAAGGGUAAGAAGCCUUUCCUUAAAAAUAAUGCUCCUACAACUGUAUAAUUCGUAACUGCAUAUUUAAAAGGGCAGUAACGUUCAUAAAAAGGUAAAAAAAAAAGUGAAAAAUUUAACGAGUUUCAUGCAAAUAAACAAAAUUGUGCUAGGGAAAAAGUUUCAAGCCACUAACAAACUGAUAAUUACCAUGGAAAAUUUUUAAGACACG